AUGACGAUGGAAGUUGUCAAAACCAAGAAGGUGGAAGAGGAGCACACCAUCAAGCCCCAGGCCGUGACACCUGCUGUGGACACGAGCUCGUGGCCUUUGCUCCUCAAGAACUACGACAAGCUGCUCGUUCGAACUGGUCACUUCACCCCGAUCCCCAAUGGCUGCUCCCCAUUGAAGCGAGACAUCAAGUCUUAUGUUAGCUCUGGUGUUAUCAACCUCGACAAGCCUUCAAACCCUUCUAGUCACGAAGUCGUCUCUUGGGUCAAGCGCAUUCUUCGUGUUGAGAAGACUGGCCACAGCGGCACCCUCGAUCCCAAGGUUACUGGAUGUCUGAUUGUCUGCAUUGACCGCGCUACUCGUCUCGUCAAGUCCCAGCAGGGCGCAGGAAAGGAAUACGUCUGCGUGAUUCGCCUCCACGACAAGCUGCCUGGCGGUCAGGCCCAGCUCGCCCGUGCCCUCGAGACCCUCACUGGUGCUCUGUUCCAGCGUCCUCCUUUGAUCUCUGCCGUUAAGCGUCAGCUCCGUGUCCGAACCAUCUACGAGAGCAAGCUCAUCGAAUUCGACAAUGACCGCCACUUGGGUGUCUUCUGGGUCAGCUGUGAGGCUGGUACCUAUAUCCGAACUCUUUGCGUGCACCUUGGUCUCCUCCUUGGUGUUGGUGCGCACAUGCAGGAACUGCGUCGUGUUCGCAGUGGUGCCAUGGACGAGAACAAGCACUUGGUUACUCUCCAUGAUGUCCUUGAUGCUCAGUGGACCAUGGACAACACCCGCGACGAGGCCUACCUGCGCAGAGUGAUUGCUCCUCUUGAGACUCUCUUGACUGGCUAUAAGCGUCUUGUUGUCAAGGACAGUGCUGUCAACGCUGUGUGCUACGGUGCUAAGCUUAUGCUUCCCGGACUUCUGAGUUAUGAGUCUGCCAUUGAGCACAAUGAGGAGGUCGUCCUCAUGACCACCAAGGGUGAGGCUAUUGCCAUUGGUAUCGCUCAAAUGUCUACUGUUGAGAUGUCUACUUGCGAUCACGGUGUGGUUGCCAAGGUCAAGCGCUGCAUCAUGGAGCGUGACCUGUACCCCAGACGAUGGGGUCUUGGCCCUGUCGCCCAGGAGAAGAAGAAGCUCAAGGCUGAUGGCAAGCUGGACAAGUUUGGCCGUCCCAACGACAGCACUCCUGCCAAGUGGACCUCUGAGUACCAAGACUACAGCGCGACUGACGCUUCUGCUGCCGCCGCUGCCGCAGCCCCCACGCCUGUGAAGAAGGUUGAGGAGACCAAGGUCGAGGUCUCCACGCCUGUUGCCGACGAUGGCGACAAGAAGAAGAGAAAGAAGCACGAGGGCGAGACUCCUGAUGAGAAGGCGGAGCGCAAGCGAAGAAAGGCUGAGAAGAAGGCCGCCAAGGCUGCUAAGAAGGCGGCAAAGGGAGAGGCUGCAUCCGACGAUGACAGCGACUAA